AUGAAGUACUUUCAGCAAACAGUCAACUUUGACUACUCAUGGGAGGAAGUCUCGACAAGUAAUUGGAUGAAAUACGGACCUUGGAACGAGAAGACACCACAUGUCAUUGCCGUCGACACAAUCAGUCGCGCCGUCGACCCCAAGACUGGAAUUCUCCGCACAGAACGCCUCAUCACCUGCCAACAAUCCGCACCCAAGUGGGUGACCGCCAUCCUCGGCGGCCAAGACACAUCCAUGGUCUACGAAACCUCCUACGUCGACCCUGUCGCCAAGAAGCUCACCCUCUGCUCGAUGAACAUCACCCUCAGCGACCUGCUCAACAUCCGCGAAACAUGCACAUACCAGCCCGUCCCCUCGUCGCCCUCGAAUAAAACGCAAUUCUCACAACGCGCCGAAAUCACGGCGCUCUGCGGCGGCUGGCAGAAGAUCAAGAACAGCAUCGAGCAGUUCACGGUCGAGCGCUUCCAGCAGAAUGCCGCAAAGGGCAAGGAGGGGCUCGAGAUGGUCUUGGAGCGCGCGAGACACGUCUUCCAGGAACAGAGGGAGAUUUUGCAGUUGCAGCAGCAAAGUCAGAUUCUGAGACAGGCAAAGAUGUGA